GGCUCAUCGUGUGUCAGACAUUGAGAAUCUGAGAGUGUAGACUGAAGGGAAAGUUGGAGUGAUGGGAGCAUCCUGGGUCUCUUGGAGAGCAACUAUAACUGUCAUCAUUACCAUACUACAAAUCCAAGCACUAUUCAGUGUCAAAACCACAGCUGUCACUGGAUUGGAGGGUCAAACAUUUUUCUUCAGAUGUGACUAUCCAAACAGCCAGCAGAGCAAUGCAAAGUAUUUCUGCCUUGAUGAUGAUAACAUGUCCAGCAGUCACCUGAUACGAACAGACAAACACAACGAGUGGGUGAAUAAAGGACGUUUCUCACUGUAUGACAACACCACUGAAGCCUUCUUCACUGUCAGAAUGGACAAACUCAUCCCAGAAGACAGCGGGAUGUACCGGUGUGGGGUGGACGACAGCAGCUCCCCGGAUCAUAUCAGUUACAUACACCUGGAUGUUUCCCAAGGUACAGUAUAUCAUGUCAUAGGAUCAUAUCAUCACAUCAUAUUAACUGUUAUAAACUAUGUGACCUUCAUUAAUGCACAUCAUAUUAAAAUGUGUAUCAUAAAAUCUUUUUUUCUGGUGGAUGGUUACUUUCACAAGCAUAACCUGGCGCUGUUUCUGACUGCAGUGAUGUGUGUGACAGCAUUGCUGUUUGUGUGUGUUUUUACACUCUGUCUGCUGCUGGUCGUUAAAUGCCGGAGAUCAGGCCCACGCCAGAAUAGAGAGACGUCAUCUGACUAUGAGACAAUGACGCCUGGUUUAAGAACUGAACCUGAACUUCGCUGUGGUUGUUCAGCUCCAGACUGUGCUGAUCUCUCAGGUUUAUCACCGCCACCAGACCUCUGCUCUCACUUCACAGUAAAGCAACGGGAGUCUACUGUCACUCUCAGCCUUGGUGAAUAUGUUGAUGUGGAUGCACCAGGGCACAUCUGCCAUUACCAACAUCUGGAUGUCAGCCAGUUAGAGGAGCAUGUCUAUCAUAGCCUUCAAGGAAACACUGGCCCCAAAGAUAGACCUGCGACAGUCAAGUAGCAUAUUAAGUGUUAAUAUGACUGUUUCAGCAUAAUUCCAUGUAUAUUACACUUUGGGAUGUGUUUUAGUUUUAGCCAUCAUUUCAUAAUUUUAUUGUCAAAUUUUGUUUUUGAUUUGCCAUAUUUCCACAUCUUGCCAAUUAACUUGGCAAGCAAAUUAUAUCGAUAGGAAUGA